CCCCGACGGAGGUGUGUAUUGCGCGUAUUGAUUGAAGCAAAGUUUCAAUUUAGUUCCUCUUUGAGUUCCAGGCAUGUGAUUGGACCGUAAGGCCAAAGCACCACCCAACUUUGCCUUCUUUGCCGCUCUUGUGCCGAAUCUCGAUCCGUGGGUCCCUCUUUGGCAUGCAGCCUGGCCAAUGGAAGUGCGGCGUCUCUCGUCUUCGUAGAGGUGAAAGAGGGAAAUGCGGCCCCCACCGCCAGUUGCACGCGCACCUUCCGCCGUCAAGUCGAAACCAACGGUGCCACUCGUGACUCAGCAGAAUUUUUCAGACCCCAUUCUGGAGAACAAAUGACCAUCAUCAUCCAACGCGCCCCCGGUCUGAAACUGCCUGUGCCGUCCCGGCUGCCCUUUCGUCCAUUCAUCAGGACGACCGGCCCAUCUUCGGCCCAUCUCCGGCCCAUGACCCGUGGCCUGCCGCACCCCGACAGACAUCAGACGACACCACCUUCAGACCGUAGGGGUUUGACUUUGGGGUGCUAACACGAGCCAACACAAGCCACCGCAAGCAAGCAAGAGGGCCAACUGCCAAAAGCCCUGUUGUUAGUACAGUACCGCCACCUUUUGGGCUUGACCAUACAUGGCCGACCGAAUCCAAACGUCAACCAGUUUCAAGGCAGGCCGGACACAAAUGAUGCCACAUUAUUCACUGCCCCGAAUAACGAGCCUUUAAGGCAAACGGGGCAAAAAUGAUGCCAUAUCAUCGCUGCCCCGAAGAACGAGCCUUCUGAUGUAUAUAAGCCACCUCGUAGUCUUCCAUUCCCAAAAUCAAUGCUAUUCUAGUGUCUACACCUCGCCAAGCUCUC